GCCAUAGAAGCGUGAAGUGAGAAAAUCGAAGUUUAUUUUUUCACUUAAAAAAAAGGAGUUAAGAACAUUGCUGAAAAUGAAAACGUUAGCGCUAUGUACGAUCUUGCUUUUUGCUUUGGUUGUUGUUCAAUCAAAGCCAUUAAGCUCAGAGCUACCUCAUAGCCGAGAAUUUUAUGCUGGGUAUAUUAAAGCAAUUACAGACAAUUUUGACCAGCUUUUUGAAAGUGACCGCCAAACUAGAAGCACAAAAGAUGAGGAUGAAUCUUUGAAAACAUCCCACGAAGUAAACGAAAAACCUGUUCACAAAGUUGAUAAGAGAGCUGAAAUAUCAAACCAAGAAGAUAACAAUAUUAACAAGAGAGACAAAGAAAAUUUUAAAAACACUGGCGAAUCAUUAAAAAAAAGACAUAUUCAAGACAAAGUUGACGAAGAUUCGGAUAUUCAAAAGCGCGACACAGUUCCUGAAAGUAAUGGGGAAAACACAGCAAACAAUUUGAUUGCAGAAAAGCGUAACGAUAUAAAAAACUUAACUGAACAAACUGAUAACGAUAAUAUAAAAACUGAAUUUGAAAAUUCCAAUCAGUAUGAUGUUAGAAAUGACGUUGACACAGACAACAAUAAAAUUGACGCAGACAACAACAAAGUUGGCCUGGAAACUAACUACAUUAGUGACAAGACAACAGAUCAACAAGAUGACAACAGUGUUAAAAAAUAUUUUGUGGAUGAUGUAGAUCAUGCUAGUGUUAAUGAUGAAAAAACAACCAAUCAGGAAUCAGAUUAUGCAAGUGGAGCCGAUCCUGAAGAUAGCAACAUUAAUGAGAAAAAGAUACCUGAUUUAGAUUUUAAAGAAAAUCUUAAUUCACAAAAUGACAAAAAAGAAAAAAGUAUUCGUAAGAAGGUUGAAAAAAAGUUGCCCGGUAAAAAGUUAAAAAAUCAGAAAUCAAAACAAAUAUUUCAAGACUGGGAAGAAGAUGAAAACAACGCACAUCUUAAAUCUGAUGGACCUAUUACUGAACAAAACUUAGAAGAUGACGAAUAUUCAUCAUCAUUUAGCGAAAGAAAACACCUUAUAGAUGAACCCGAUAAUAUAAUGUUUCAGCAACGAAGUUUUUCUCCAACUUUAUUUGGGUACCGUAUUUUGCGUUCUCCUAUCAAUCCAGUAGGAGCUGAAAUGGCUUUUACGCGAUUUAACUCUUUUUCACCAAUUAAUAGCUUCACACCAUAUAGUGCAAUUGCAAUGCAAAACUAUUUGUUUCCAACAAACAGUCGAGAUGGCAUGCUUAUACCCGUCACACGUGGAAUUGCACGAGAAAUAAUUACAAAAAGAGAUGGCAAUAAUAACAACAACAAUUGUUGCUGUCAGUGUUGCUGCCCAUGUUGUCAUCACACUUGUUCUCACCAGGAUUGUCAUGAUUGUUGUCAUUGUCACCAUGAUGUUCACCAUCACGACUGCUGUCAUCACCAUCACGUUAAACACUGCCACCCUACAAUACAUCACACUUAUCAUGAGCAUCACCAUGAUCAUUGUCAUCCGUGUCACCACCAUGAAUCCCAUUGUCAUCACCCUUGUGAAUGCAAACAUGUUCACCAUCACGAACCUUGCUGUCAUGAUUGUAACCAUGAAUGCCAUCACGAUUGCGAUCAUCAUGAUUGCUGUCCUUUCUAUUGUGGUCAUCACGAAUACGGUCACCUAGAUGAUGGAUGUCAUAACUGUUUAAACCAGCAUGAUUACCAUGGAGCCUACAAUUGCGCUCCAGAGCAUUAUUGUGGUGGGUAUCAACCACAUUACCAACACCAAUCGUGUGGUUGCAAUCAUGGUUAUCAACCCGCAAUUCAUAUUAUAGGAAAUGUUGAUGGAACAUACGGAGGACAUGGAGGUUAUUUAAGAAGAAAACGAGGAUUAAAAAAAUGAACAUUUUUUUAAAUAUUAUAAUAAUAUUAUAUUAUAAAACAAGUUUAUGUUUAUUUUUGAAACAAAAAGAUUAAAGUUAAAUUAUUAAAA